UGACAAUCCGUUGCGGAGCCACCAAUCUCCUGCAACCGGUACAGUGUAAUCCGGGUGAACGGUAGACUUCAGACAGGUAAACUUCCGCCGCAAUGAGGCUCGGUUUGGCCGGUACCGUGCUGCUGUCGGCGGCCGCAUACUACGUCUACCUCCCGCUACCGAGCGGGGUGAGCGAGCCGUGGAAGCUGAUGCUGCUGGACGCGCUGUUCCGGAGCUUUAUGCAGGCGAGUGAUGUGGCCCACGCUCUGGGUGUGUGUCAUCGGAUCCACCUGUUGAACCACGUGGUGUCCUUGGUGGAGGAGAUCGAAGCUCACUCCUGCCCCGCCGUGCACGUGACGGACACCACGCUGGCCGGCGUGCCGACCCGAGUCUUCCAGCCAAAGGGAGGGAAGCAGCUGAAGAGAGGAGUCAUUUAUUUCCACGGUGGAGGGUGGGCUCUUUGCAGUGGAAGGAUGCGAUCAUACGACCUUCUUUGUCGGAAAAUGGCGGAAGACCUGGACUCUGUCGUCAUGUCUGUGGAUUACCGUCUCGCUCCAGAUGCGGUGUUCCCAGCUCAGUACCACGAUGCGUUAGCGGCGUCACGGGCCUUCCUGUCUGCUGAGGUUUUAGACCGCUACAGCAUCGACCCGGAGAGGGUGUGUGUGUCAGGGGACAGCGCCGGGGGAAACCUGGCUGCUGCUGUGGCACAAGAGCUCAGCUCUGAUGACUCUCUGACGGUGAACUUCAAGCUGCAGGCGCUGAUCUACCCCGUGCUGCAGGCGCUCGACUUCUACACCCCGUCCUACCAGCAGAACCGGGACGUGCCCAUCCUCUACAGGCCGAUCAUGGCUCGCUACUGGCUACAGUACCUGGGGGCCGACACCUCCCUGGAGCCCGUCCUGCUGGCCAACAACCACAGCUCCCUGGACCAGCUGGCCCUCAGCAGCAGCAUCCGCUCCAAGGUGGACUGGACCGCUCUGCUGCCGGCGAAACGCAGGAAGCACUUCCGCCCCGUGGUGCGAGAAACGGGAUCGCCACGGGUGAUGGGUGAGAUACCCCAGCUUAUUGAUGUGAGGGCGGCACCGCUGCUGGCAGAGCAGGGGGUUCUGGGUAGGACGCCCAAAGCAUACGUGAUGACGUGUGAGUUUGACGUGCUGAGGGAUGACGGGCUGAUGUAUGUCAGGCGGCUGCAGGACGCCGGCGUCACGGUGACCAGCGAUCACUACGAGGACGGUUUUCAUGGCUGCAUGGUGUUUGCGUAUCUGCCGAUGAUGUCUAAGGUUGGGUGGAGAAGCAUGAACAACUACAUCCACUGGCUGGACCAGAAUCUGUAGACCGAGAUCUAGAUCCUCUUGAAGUCUUUUGUGUCACCAAAGGUGGACUGGAGCAGUAAGGCUGGUACUUGAGAGCUCUUUGAAUCGGUGAUGAGGACUCUUUGAUGAUGGGAUCCAUAUGCAGGCAAAAUUGUGGUUGAGGUAAAACACUCCUGACCUGUAACAUAGAACAUCACAGGUUUGAUCUACUGAGCAACACGCCAAACAAGACAUUACAUCUACCUACAUUACAACUAUCUAUCUAUGAGCAUUAAUGUAAGAACAUUGCUGUUUCCCUGGAGGACUCGACAACAUCCAAAUUAACACUAAAUCAUCCCAAACAGACACCAGAAAGUGUUCCUUGAGCACUUCACUGUGCACACAAACAGGUCUGUAAAGCAAGCGGAAUUUCACUGAACCUGCAGAUCUAGAGCUGUACAGACCACAAAGCACCUUCAACAAAUCCCCAAACCAAACAUUUCCAAUCAAAUGUAACCAAAGAAUGUAGUACUUGAUUUACCUUUUCCCCCAAAUAUUUUUUUCUAUGCCGUAUUCAGACGCCUAAAAAAACAAUUUCAGGAAAUAUUUUCAUAGUUAGCUUGAACUCCAAUUUGUUUUUAGAUCCUUUCUAAUUUGUUUUAUCCCAAUUUUAAGGACACAAUUCACAGAUUAAUCUGAAAUAAAUAAACACCUGCAUUUGAGUACUCAAUAUAUAUACAUAUAUUAUAUAUGCAACAUCAAUAAUAGGAAAGUGUGGAAGAAAAUCAGAUUUAAGAAAUAACAAGCGCACCCAAUGUGUGGAUGUAUUGCGUAAUUUAUCCAUGCACUUUUUAAUGUGACUUUUAGGGAUAAACACACAGCUUUUCAUGUUUUCACACGACUACUUUUAGAGGUCAAAGUGACACUGAAACAUCCAGCUUGCACAGACACUCAACAAGGCCAGUCCAGAUUACAGAGUGUGUACGUGCUAAAAGUAUGCCAGAGUUCACAGCUGUGUAUACUUACUGUAUUGUGCAAUAUUGUAUGUUUGAACGUAUCCCUGACUUUCUGAUGACCACUGUACUGCAGAGCCAAUGCAAUGAUGUUAAUGACGAUGAUAGCUGUGAAAUGAAUGCGAGAAUUACUGUAUGACCGAGAGAGAACAGGUCCCAAGUGGACUAUCGUGUUUCUGCUGCUGGCCCAAAACUAAUACAACGAACCGACGACAGCGAGUGACUGACUAUUUUCUGGCUUUGGGCCCGAAACGCAGUGAGCCAGCAGUGCAGCAGAAACACUGAGCCAAGGGGGGGUCAUUUCUUCACAUUAAGCAGGAAAACAUGUCCAAAUUGUAACACUGGCAGUCAUUUUUCUCCUCUUUGUUUUAAAACAAUAGUGGAUUUCUGUGAGGAAUGACCCAUCAAUACACAUGCACACGUUUUGUACACAUUCCAGUAAUGAAUGACUAUGUUUAAUAAGCUUGUUUAGGGGAAUAUUGUAUCAUUUAUAAAGAAAUUAUGAAGCAGAAAUUGUAUUUGUGCUGGUGACAACCCAAUAUUUGUAUAAUGCACUGUAUGUGUUUCAUCACGUGUCAGCGUAAGACAACAACGUAGAGCAAAAGUGUCUUUAUAGUCAAUUAUUAUCAAAGCGGUAUAAUAAAUACAUUAACUCGAGCCGAAGCCCAAAGCAAGAUGAAACUUAAUAUAUAAUGGUGCAAAAAACAUACAAUUUAACAUAUUUUAAUACUGUGACAUCCAACCAAAGGAUUCAAGAAGAAGAGUGUGUGAAGUAUUAAUGAUAUUUUAGGGUAACUAUGCAAAGUGAGUAUGAAUAUUUGUAAGGUAAAGUUAAGUAUAAAAAAUAUGAUUGUCAUUAUUAUUUCUCUGGUUUAAAACAUUUGCAGCUCUCCAUAAGGUCCAUAGCGCUUCUACAGGAGUGAGGAUCAAGUGAAGCACAAGCAGUUAGACUUCGAAUCUAAGAUAAGGCUAAUUAAAUGGACAUUUCUCAUUAAACGCUUUACCAGAUGAUGGAUUCACAUUUUAAGAAGCUUUUACAUGUCAAACAAUAACAUUUAGAAACUGAUUUCAAAGUCAACCAACUUUAACGGGGGGAAAAUCCACUGGAAAUAAAUAAUGAGACCAAAAUAUCUGCUUUAGGUCCUCCGCACCCUGCCAGUUUUAUGUUAUUUUGUUUGUUUACUUCUGUUAUUGGAGCAUGUUCACUUCCUGUGGGGGUUGCAGUGUUUAUAACAGGCAAGCUAAUGUGAAGGAGAGUUCACUCAGGUCACCAGAUGUUGUUUGAACUUGAAAUGGCAGUAACUCGAUUCCUUUUUGCUUAAAUAAAUGACUGUGAUUAA